AGUAGCCUUGGAGACGUAGUAAUCCAGCGACUGAUCCACAUGUAACAGAAUGGAGUGUUUUGUCAGUAAAUAGAAGAGGGGCUGUUUGAAGACCUGUUCGGGUUGUUGUUUAAAGGCUCUAAUAGAAACCAGUAGAAAUGUCUCUGUUUCUGGUGAACAGGUAUCUUGGAGACGAGGAGGAUGAUGUCACAUCCAAGGAGUCCCAUUCACAGCAGUUGUUAAACAAACUGCAGCAGAAGGUGAAGCAGAAGCAGAGACAGAGUUUAACAGAACAAAGACACGGGAUUAUUGAAGAAACCAAGGAGCAUCAGGAAGAAACCAGCAAAGAUGAGAGACCAAAGGAGCAUCGACGCGACAACAAGAGGAAAACACAAGAUGCAGCUUUGUGUGAUUCUGUUGGAAAAAAGAGAAAAAAAGAUGCUAAUAGGAAGCAGAAGAGUCAACAGUCAGGCCAGGCAUUGGAGGCUGUUUCUCCUGAAAACGAAGAGGAGAAGCAAAUGGAGCUGGAAGUGAAGAAGGGCUCAUCUGGCCAAGCAGGGUUCCCUGUUCUUGGUGGUUAUGAGAGCAGAACCGUUCAUAAGGUGAAGAGGGUCCUACCUCAGUGGCUGGCUGAGCCAGAUGUGAUUGACAGAGACAUCAGAUGCAACCUGCUCCCCAUUUCUGCCCUUUCUGGACUUUCUGCUCAGCUCCUCAACAAACUGGAGGCCAAUGGAAUUCAGAGCUUCUUUCCAGUGCAGGCAGAGGUGAUCCCGGCCAUCUUGGACGGAGCUAAGCAUGGCCUACUGAUGGGUAGAGGAGGUCACAGACCCAGGGAUAUCUGUGUGUCCGCUCCCACAGGCAGCGGCAAGACGCUCUCAUUUGUCAUACCUGUGAUCCAGGCGCUGAUGGAGCGGGUGGUGUGUGAAAUCCGGGCUCUGGCGGUGCUUCCAACCAAAGAGCUGGCCCAGCAGGUUUACAGAGUGUUUGCAUCGUAUGCUGAAGGAACGCCCCUCAGGGUGGCGCUGCUGGUGGGUCAGAGGUCACUGGCUGCAGAGAGCGCAUCACUGUCAGAGCAAAGAGGGAGUGUCAGGCGCGCUACGGCAGACAUAGUUGUUGCUACUCCUGGUAGACUGGUCGAUCUCAUCAACAAAAGCUCAGGAUUAUGUUUGGAUCAUCUACGCUUUCUGAUAAUCGACGAGGCGGACAGGAUGAUGGACAGCAUGCACCAGUCGUGGCUCAGCCAGGUGGUGAGCGCGGUGCACCGCUCGCCACCUGGAAGCCAAGGCAGAGCCAUCUUCAGGAGAACAAACCCAGCCUGCAUCACAGCAGCCAGCCUGUCUCCUGCUCAGAUCCCGCUUCAGAAGCUGCUUUUUUCUGCCACACUCACCCAGAACCCAGAGAAGCUCCAGCAGCUGGGCCUCCACCAGCCCCAGCUCUUCAGCUCUGCUCACAGCCCCUCCAGCAUCACAUCAGACCCCACCCAGAGAGCCGACGGCUUUGACUUCCCCCAGGGCCUGACGGAGUAUUAUGUUCCCUGUACCAUGAACAGGAAGCCUCUGCUCGUCCUUCACUUCAUCCUGUAUUUAAAGCUUUUCCCCAUCCUCUGUUUCACCAACUCCAGAGAGACGGCUCACAGACUCCACCGCUUGGUGCAGCUGUUUGGUGGAGUUCAUGUAGCCGAGUUCUCCUCACGACUCUCUCCUGGUGAGAGGAAAAGCACCCUGAAGGACUUUGAACAGGGGAAGAUCCAGCUGUUGAUCAGCACAGAUGCAGCUGCCAGAGGGAUCGAUAUAAACGGGGUCAAAUGUGUUCUCAAUUAUGACGCCCCGCAGUACAUAAGGACCUACGUACACAGGGUUGGAAGGACAGCGAGGGCUGGAAAGUCUGGACUGGCCUUCACCUUUCUGCUGAGAGUUCAGGAAACCAUUUUCCUUCAGAUGGUGAAGGAUGCAGGAAGUCCCGGGAUCCAGAAGCAGAUCAUUAAACCGGAGAGUCUAAAGGGGAUGGAAGCCCGCUAUGAGGAGAUCCUGCAGGAGCUGGCUGAUGUCAUCAAGGAGGAGAAAUCAAGACGUUGAAGCGUCUACUUUUCUGCUCAGGGAACUUCAGUUGGAAUACCAUCCUCGGAACCGUUUUUUCUUAUGCUUUUCCAGAUAUGAUGAUUCAGCAGUUUAAGUUACUGAGUGGAGAUAAAGGAUACUUAGCUUUUAGCUAACAGAAUAAAAGCUCAUAGAAAUACUG